AUGCGAAGGAUAAUGCUACCCAUAAAAAUUAUCAGGCCUUGGUUGAUUAAUUCAAGAUGUCUUCAAACAACAAGAGUUGAUUGUUGGCAAAAUUUUGAAAACGAAAGACAUUACGAGCCAGGAGAAGACGUAAUGAAACGCGUUUGGCACGGGCUGACUUACGAUUUUCGAAGAUGGAAAAGAAGAUAUCAAGAAGCAAGAAGAGAUGCGUUUCAACGAAGACAUCCAAUUGCUCACAUGAAACAUUCUGUAUUGGAUAACGAAGUGUUUCCGUUUCGUGCUGAAAUUGUCGUUAUUGGAGGUGGAUUGACUGGAUCGUCGACAGCCUACUGGUUAAAAGAACGUUUUCGCGAUGAAGAUUUCAAAGUUGUAGUUGUUGAAAACAAUGAUGUCUUCACAAAAAGCAGCACAAUGCUCUCCACAGGCGGAAUAACUCAACAGUUUUCAAUUCCAGAGUUUGUCGAUAUGAGCUUGUUCACAACAGAAUUUUUAAGACAUGCUGGCGAACAUUUAAGAAUUCUUGACAGUGAGCAACCCGAUAUUAAUUUCUUCCCUACCGGAUUCCUAAGAUUUGCAACAACUGACGAAGAAGUAACGCAGAUGCGAGAUGCUUGGAAAAUUCAAAUUGAGCAUGGAGCAAAAGUCGAACUUCUAUCUAAAGAAGAGCUUCAACAGAGGUUUCCUUACAUGCACGUUGAAGAUGUAAAAUUGGCUAGUUUAGGAAUCGAAAAUGAAGGAACCAUUGAUACGUGGCAAUUAUUGUCAGCUAUUCGUGAAAAGAACAUUACAUUAGGUGUUCAGUACGUUAAAGGAGAGGUAGAAGGUUUCAAAUUUGAAAGAAAUCGCGGAACUCCGGAGGUACAUGCAAUGGGAGAUGACGAGACUGCCGAUGAGAACAAACUGCGAAAUCAAAGAAUAUCGGGUGUAAUUGUGAGACCACAAAUGAAUGAUGCAUCGGCGCGUCCAAUCUUAGCACACUUGAUAGUGAAUGCAGCAGGCCCUUGGGCAGGAGAAAUUGCACGAAUGGCGGGAAUCGGAAAAGGAACAGGAAUUCUCGCCGUUCCUGUUCCAGUAAAACCGAGAAAACGCGAUGUUUUCGUCGUUUUCGCUCCUGAUGUUCCCGCGGAUCUACCAUUUUUAGUGGAUCCAAGUGGAGUGUACUGUAGGCAGUCGGAUUGUGGUCAUACAUUUUUGGUUGGCCGAAAUCCUACAAAGGAAGAAGAUGAAAAAAUUGACCACAGUAAAUUAGAAGUAGAUUAUGAUGAUUUUUAUAAAAAGAUUUGGCCAGUUCUAGUGGAUCGAGUGCCAGGAUUUGAAACAGCAAAAGUAAAAUCAGCUUGGAGUGGAUAUCAAGAUGUGAAUACGUUCGAUGAUGCACCUGUUAUUGGUGAACAUCCUUUAUAUUCAAAUUUGCAUAUGAUGUGUGGAUUUGGAGGAAGAGGUGUAAUGCAUUCUCUUGCUGCCGGUCGAGCGUAUGCUGAGCGAAUUUUUGACGGAGCUUAUAUCAACGUAAAUCUGAGAAAAUUCGAUAUGCGAAGAAUUGUAAAAAUGGAUCCGAUCAAGGAACAUUGCCAAGUUUAA